AUGGUGACGGCCUCCAAGGGUCCUCCGUUACGGAUAACCCACCCCUCCCACCCAGGGCACGUGCUCACGCUUUACGCCACCGGCGGCGCACUGUUCCAGUGCGACGGCUGCCGGCACUACGGCGAGGAUGAUCGUAGGUACCGGUGCGACCCGUGCGACUACGACCUUCACGUAUGCUGCGUCCCCCUCAAGAUGGAGGACCUGACGCUCACGCAUCCUUUCUUCAAGGGUUGCACCUUCGACUUCCGCUACAGCCCUCCCAGUCCCAGCACCCUGGCUGGUCACGGCAGCUUCUGCGGCGCCUGUGGAGAUCAGGUGCUCGGCUUCAUGUUCCACGACGGCGAGCGCAAGAUCAACCUCCACACGCAGUGCGCCAACCUGGCGGAGCGCGUAGUCCAGGAAGACGGCGUGUUCGACCUCGUCAGGGAGGCGCCUGCCGGCGGUAGCUGCGGGUUGUGCGGGCAAGGGCAAGGCGGCCGCCGCGGCAGGUUCUGGUGCUACGGCUACCUCGACGGUCACCGGCAGCCCGCGUACACGCACGUGGGGUGCAUGAUGGAAGCUUGCUACAAACGCUCCCAGAUCGCGCAGGUGAGCGCGCCCACGGCAUGGGCGCUGGGAACGCCGGCGACGUGGGAGGUGGGCACGACGCAGGGCACGCCGACGACGUGGCCGGUGGGCACGCCGCAGAGCACGCCGACGACAUGGGACAGUGGGUUGUCGUCCACCAUUAGCAAGGUCUCGCUUUUUUGCAAGGUUGCGGUGGCCGUCGCCAGGGUCGCCUCCGCGGUCUCCACUGGCACGGGGGGUGACCCGUUGUGGAUUGACACGACCACGACGGCUGCAGAUCCCGCCGAAUAACCAUGUCAAUCGGCUACGAAAUCAAUUACUACAAGCAGACGUGUGUUCAUUUUAUUGUAGUUGUCUGGUUUGUAUCGUUUUUUUAGUGGUCGUCUAUUUUCUGGAUUUUUUUGUUGCUCUAUUCUGUAUUUUGUUUGUCUAUUUGUGUGACAUAUAGAGGGUAUUGUCUUUUGUUGAUAUACGGAAUAAGAAAACUGUACAUCAAUGCACACGUUUUAUUAUUUUCUUAUAUCAAAACUGAAAUAAUGCAAUAAAUCUAUCA